AUGUCUAAUGAACAACCGGAAACUAAUAACGCAGUUAACUUUGAUAUCAUUAACCCUGUUCAAGAAACUCACAAUAAUGUGGACGAUCUUAAUUCAGUUACAAAUACUGGCAACGAUAAUCUCAUUGACGAGGACGAAUUUAGUGAGCAAGAAUCUGAGCUUGGGUUCAAUGACCUGGACAUACCUACGACAUGGGCUCCUUCGGGGGAAAUGUCACAGUUUCCAACUAAUAUUCAUAAAGGGAAAACACUGUCUAAGGAACAGAGAUCAAGUAUUUUGCGUAAUGAACCUAGGAACGCGAACAUUAAAUACAACCCCCCUGCUAUAGACAAACGGGAGUAUAAGUGUAUAUGUAUAACAGUUACAUCAAAGAAAGUGAAAGUUCGUUAUGUGAGAGAUUAUGUAUCUUCAACAAAGAACGAAGGCU